UCAUAGCCUCUCAAGUCACAACAGGGAACCGAUCUCUCUAUUCUCUGUAACGGUUACUUCUCUUUUCUAUUUUCCACUGUCUUUUUCUAGAAAAUAUAUAAAAAGAAAAAACACUGAUCAGUUGUGACUGGAAACUUGACUCCCUGCUUCUUGCCCUUGAAAUGGAUUAUAACAACAACACCGACGACGACAAUGGUGCUAAAGAACCAUGGAAUUGGCAUAGGGAGGAUCAUGAUCUCCAAAAGACUUCCAAUUUUGAAGAGCCAUGGAAUGGUGUGCUCCAAAAUGAAGAUAUUUCCUACAUGUUUGAAGAUGAAACUACACCAGUUAAGGCAUGUGGUGAUUUGGUAUACAAUGUUGACAAUAGUGUUUCGGAUGAUGUACAAAAAGAAGUAGAGGAGGGGAGGGAGACUUCUUCUCAAGUCAAGAGGCGGCGGAUGCUACAAUUCAAUGGCCAGGAGAGGGAUCAUUCUCUUUCCAAGGAAGAGAUGUCUUUGCCAUAUUUUAAAUCAAAUGGGAAGGAGGACUUGAUCACGGAUGCUUUUCCUGAAGUGUCACAAUGGGUUCCUGGUUUAUCAUCAGAAUAUGCAUUAGGAAAUGCAUCAUCAUCGUCUGGUUAUGAAGACCUUGAGUCCACUGAAGGUUGGCUAGCAGAAUGCCUUAAUGAUACCGAGAUGCAAUUCAGUCCCGAUGAUUUGAACUUUUCAGGGGCAGAGGAUAUUCAGAUUGAUAUUGCAGAGUUGGUUGACAUCACGGCAUCUUUGUCACUUUCUGAUGAAGUUUUUUUAUUUGAUAACAAAUUUAGACCCAUUUUUCAUUGUUUAGGUAGGAAAUCGUUUAUACAGACACCGCCAAAGUUGGCUUCUUCUGUGGUCUAUCCAUUUACUUUUGUUAAGCCUAGUGGUGCUCAUGGAGAUGUAACAUUGAAGGAAAUAAAUCAGCGCAUUCAGACUCCGCCGUCUUCAAAAUCAAAGCAAAGCAAUGAAGAUCCAUCAGCUUAUCCCAAAUCAGCCUUCUCAGGGAAGCCUGUCGUUAACAAAACAAAGAUUCGCACGGAAGGGGGAAAAGGUAGCAUCACGAUUAUGCGAACCAAAGGCUAACUCUUUUUUUGCUCAUCUAUUAAUGGUACUAGUUGAGUUUAUUUUCUGUGUAAUAUAUAGCUGCCGGAUUUUAGAAGUUGGUACUGCAAUGUUUUGUUCUUAUUACCACUUAUGUCAUAUUACACCGCCUUAGUGUUUAUUUUCUUGUAGUGCAGUCUUACUUCAUCUUCUUCUAGCUGUUAAUUUGGUAAAUGAUUUAUGUAAAUCUGAAAUGUUAGUCCCCAGCUGUUGAGUUGACAAUGUUACUAAGCUUGCCCUUGGCUUUUGUAAUUGAUACAUACAGAUUUAGUAUAUGGUCUUGUUUCUGAAACUGCUAAA